AUCCGCAGGAGAGCUGCCCAUGUGCAUUGGGUUGGCGCCUGACCGGGGCAGCCGCGUCACGUUUGUAGUGGCACCCACGUUGCCCAUCACGGCCGCCAGCAGACAUGAAGUGCUUCGGCACCAAGAACAGCACGUACCACUGCAAGAUCAUCCUGCUGGAUGAACAGGAGCUGAUUCAGGAGAUACAGGAUACCACGCUGGGCCAAGAGUUGCUGGACAACGUGUUUCGCCACCUGAACCUGCUGGAAACUGCCUACUUCGGCCUUCGCUUUCUGCACUCGUCAAACCAGCCGUACUGGCUGGACCCACAAAAGAAAAUUGUUCAACAGCUGAAAGGGACGGAUCCAUUCACAUUAUACUUUUGCGUCAAGUUUUACGCAGCGGAUCCAUGCCGACUCCUGGAGGAGAUCACCAGGUACCAGUUCUUCCUGCAAAUAAAGCAAGAUAUCCUGGAGGGCCGGCUGCCGGUAACCCCGGAGCUGUCUGCAGAGCUUGGGGCUCUCGUCAUUCAGUCGGAGCUGGGCGAUUAUGACCCGAAGCGUCACGUGGACGGCUACGUCAGCGAGUUCCGGCUGCUGCCGACUCUCACGCCCGCGCUGGAGGAGAGCAUCGAGCAGAUCCACAAGUCCCUCGUGGGUCGCGUGCCAUCAGUGGUGGAGUUCAACUACCUGGAGAAGGUUCGGUGGUUGGAGAUGUACGGUGUGGACCUUCACCCCGUGUUGGGUGAGGACCACACGGAGUACUUCAUCGGCCUCACUCCAGCCGGAGUUAUCGUUCUCAGAGGGAAGGUCAAGGUCAGCAACUACUUUUGGCCUCGCAUCUCCAAAGUGCACUUCAAGGGCAAAUACUUCAUGCUGCGUGUACGGGAUAAAAAUAACGAAGAGAACACGUACGGGUUCGAGACGCCAUCCAAAGACGCUUGCAAGCACCUGUGGAAGUGCUGCGUGGAGCACCACAGCUUCUUCCGGCUGGUGCAGGUGAACCAGCCGUCCGGCGGCCGGCCGCUCUCCAUCAGCUCCAGGUUCCGCUACAGCGGCCGAACGGAGAAAGAGGCGCAGCGGGAGGCCAGCCUGCAUCGGAGACCGCCACCCAGCUUCAGUCGCUCGUCCAGCCGGCGCUCCAGCGCCUCCAGUCGCGCCGGCGACUCCGCCCACCACGCUUCAAGAAGGCAAGAAGACGACACUGACAAAAAGUCUCUCUGUCGUACCGCUCUCUCCAUACCUCAACCAGUACAAAGUGUGUCCAGCAUGAGCCGGGCCGGCUCGGUGUCGCUGCAGUGCGCGUCGCGACCCGAGUCGCCGCGCUCAGUGCGCUCGGCGCCCUUCAGCGCCAGCCACGCGCCGGCCCUGUUCAGCGGCGUCAGCGCCGCCGGCAAGGCGCGCCGCAGCGCCAGCGUCGAGAGCCAGUCGUCCGUCGACAGCCGGCCGCACCGCAGGCAUCGACACGCGCGUAGCUCGGGCAACGAGAGCGACGCCAGCUCGGCGCGCGGCUCGUCCAGGUCGCACCGGAAACACCGUCACCGGCGGAACGAGUCGGGCUCCGAGUCGGAGCGGAGCAACAGCGGCCGCCGGCACCGCAGCAGACGGCACAGACCGAGCGGCACCAGCUACGAGCUGGUGGACUCGGAGGCGCAGUGGCGUCAGGUGCAGCGGCGUCAGGCCGAGGGCCAGCUGGCUGCGCCCGCCACUGCCGCCGUCCAGCACCGCUCCGGCUACCUCAACUCAGGCAUGGAGACCGAGUCGGAGCUCUCCUACCACCCCAAGCGGCGUGUCAAGAAGCACAGGUCCCGAUCGCGGUCGCCGGAGACGGAGCGCAGCCUGCGCCUGCCAGCUGAGCUGCGGCGGCACCUCCAAUUCGAGCUGAUCGACCCGCCGGCGGUGGACGGCGCCGAGGCUAUCCCCUACACCCGGGUUGAGACGGAUGCCCGCGUGCCUAGGAUCAAGUACGCCACCCGACGCCUGCAGAAGGACGACGCCAAGGAGCCGGGCCCGGAGGCGCGCCUCGACGCUGAACCCAGUCCAGGUGGCGCCACCUUCUCGCCCAUCCCCCCGGUGUCGUCGGCGGCGGCGACGUCCCGCUCUGAAGCCGGCUUCAGCACCUCGACGCCCCUCUCGGCGCACUACUCGGUGCCACCGGCCCGGCCGCGGCCCGUGCCGGCCGGCGGCACGCUCUCCAGCUACUACGUGACGACGGCGGCCGAGUACGGCUGGCCGCUGCCGGGCUUCUUCAUCUGA